ACCCUGAACUUUCACUCUACAUUCACCUCUCAAUUCACCACUAAGACUCUCAAUCACCGUCAUCAUGCCUAUCUCAAAGAAGGAUCGCCGAAACAAGGAGCACAAGAAGGCCGACGCUGCCGGUACUCGCGCUCCCGUCAAGGCCAACGGUCUCCCCGUCAAGGCUCCCAAGCCCACCUCCAUCUGCCAAAACUGUCGCAAGGAGAUUGUCAACACCAACAAGCUCCAGCUCGAGGUCCACGCGUCAACACACGACGCUAAGCUUUGGCCCAAGGAGAAGUGCUGGCCCAACGACUUCCAAUAGAUCACAAAUGAAAUCUUGGUUAUUAGGGUGGAGAACAUCAAAGGCGUUGCGGCAUAAUAGCGCAUGACUGGUUGAUUUUGAGGGGUUGCGCGGUUCUGAGUCGUGAUAACGAUUCAUGAAGAAAGAUAGACUGACAAAAAAGAUGAAUGAACAAUCCAGGCGUUUCUUUGAUAUUUAAA